CAUUCAUUACAAAAGAGACAUUUAAAAUAUGGGGUGUUCAAGUGCUUUCUCAACUUAUUUUCUUCUUCUUCUUUUUGUCCCCAUUUAUGGAAAACCUCUGGUCCCUGCAUUGUUCAUCUUUGGAGACUCUAGUCUUGAUGUGGGCAAUAAUAACUAUCUACCUACCCUUAUUAAAGCAAAUUUCCUUCCUUAUGGAAAGGACUUUAUAAAUCACCUUCCAUCUGGAAGAUUUUCCAAUGGAAAAAUUGUUAUUGACUUUGCAUCUGAAACCCUUGGAUUUAUCUCUUACCAACCUGCUUAUCUCAGCUUAUAUAUCAAAGGAAAGUACCUCUUGAAUGGUGUCAACUUUGCAUCAUCGGGUUCUGGUUACCUUGAUUCUACAGCAAGGACUUGGAGCGCACUUUCAAUAAGCCAACAAUUGGAAUGCUAUAAGGACUACCAAGAAGAACUAGUGAAAAUUGCUGGGAGAUCAAAUGCAUCAUCAAUUAUAUCUGGUGCUGUAUAUAUUGUUGGUUUUGGGACUGGUGAUUUUUUUCUGAAUUAUUUCAUAAAUCCAUUGCUUCACAAUGUUCAUACGCCUUAUCAAUUCUCGGACAUUCUUGUGCAAAACUAUGCUAAAUUUAUUCAGAAUUUAUAUGCGCUAGGAGCGAGGAAGAUUGGUGUGCCAACAUUAAUUCCAUUGGGUUGCUUGCCUGCAGCCAUCACUCUCUUUGGCCCUGCUCAUAGCAAAGAAUGUGUAGUCAAAAUAAACGAUGUUGCUAUUUACUUUAAUCAAAAGCUGAACUCAACAUCUGUGAACUUGAGAAAAAAGCUUCCCGGCCUCAGUUUGGCUAUACUUGAUGCCUACAAACCUUUCCAUAACCUAGUCACUAAACCAUCUGAAUAUGGAUUUUCAGAAACAAGAAAGGGAUGUAUUGGGUCGAGCUUGGUAGAGAAUAUUCCUAUAUUUAAUAAUAAAAAAACCAUUAUAACAACAUGUCCUAAUGCAUCUAAGUAUGUAUUCUGGGAUGGUCUUCAUCCUACAGAGGCUACAAACAAGUAUAUGGCUGCUGAAUUGAUUGCUGAUGCCAUGCCCCUUAUAUCCUAAACAAACACUUCUAGGGUCAUUCCCUAGAAUUAAUUGCAGUUUGGAUUUAAUUUCCUAGAAUUGUAUACCUAAGCCCUAGAUAAAUCUAUUGUGUUGUUUGUAAUAACUUGAUAUGGC